AAUAGGUAUCUAUAGGUAUAUGUGUACCUCCGCAUCUUGAGAUAUCAUCCGCCUCAACAACCUCAGGUUCUGUAUGCGUCUUUCUCAUUACACUACGGUGGUUCUUCAAAUGUAGGCCGGGAGUCUCUAUACAAUACCAAGGAAGCUUCAAUUUGCCGGGCGGCCCUUGCCCACAAUGGGCGAUCAGUCUUCCCGCACAACACCUCAGCCUGCUCUAGACCUGGUCGAGAACUCGACUCUGCGAUAUUUCAUCCCUCGCGAUACCGAUUUCGCACCUGGCGAAUUCUUCAAAGAUGGCAUCUCUUCCUUCGUUCAGGGUCUCGCUUCGAUAGAGCAACGAGACUCGUUGUUUUUCGAUGAAUCCGUCGAUAUGGUGUUCGUGCUUAGCAUCCCAUAUACCGACGAUGAUAACCUUCAAGCGACGCUCAAGAGCCUUACUAUAUCCCUAGAAACCCAAAUCGUCAACGGGAGUAGCUCCGACCGCGAUGGCUCCCCCGCCGCCGAAGUCAUCUAUGCUGAUACCAUAGUUGGCUCUCAGGAUCUUCCCAUAAUAACUUUUCACUCGGUCGUGGAUAGUACAGGUGAUGGUGUUGAUUCUACAAGCUGUACUUAUUUGGUAUGGACUAAACCUGUGUUCCUCAAUCGUCCUAGGAUUCGGCUGCAAAGCCCAUCAGCUGUUUUUGUUGCAACAGCGAGCGUGAGACCUCCUCUCAACCCCUUUUCCGACAAAUUCCAAGAUGAUUAUAUGUUAAGUGGCACGGCUUCCAGUCUCAAUCUUCUAGAGUCCUUCAGAAAUGAUCUGGCUCUAGGUGGGAUCAAGCCACGGCUUUCUGCUUUAAGAGUUUCGCGUGUGGCCCCUCUUACACAACAAGCCAACGACCUAAUACGUUCCAUCAAGCCAUUGUCAAGCCUUUCGCUACGUAUAUACCCAACGGUACAUUCACGCAUAAGGUUUACUCAUCCAAAUACUACGCCCGCCACAGCAGCUGUGAUUGCUAUGCUCGAAGUUGAUUUCACUCCAUUUUUUGAUUGCGAGAUCAGUCUUGACAAGAUUACGCUUGCGAUUCCAGACGCUACAGUUGAGGAUCUCACAGCUGAGGCCGGUCUCUGCUUACCGCUGUCUUGUGUUUCACAUGAUCAUAUCACGUUCAUAUACCGCAUAAACCCGAGAGCAAGCGAUGUCGCUUCACAUAACCUAAUGCGAGACUUGGAUAUUACAAUCUCAGCAACCGCCCUGGUGAGCCCCUCCACUAAACCUCAGCUCAAGCUGGUAUGGACAGCAGCGGUAGAUUUUACAGUUCCUGUAAAUCCUGGCUAUGGGUCUACGAUGCAGCCGAUACAACGUACGCACCGCCCAAGUCAGUUAUCUCUUGGUGGGGAGAGCACUACUUCGUUAACAGCCCCUUCUAUCGCGAGACCAGAUGCUCUACCCUCUCUUGAAGCAUCAACCUCGCAAACAGAGACAUCGAUACAAGAAUUAGGGAUCACGGUAACAUUUACUGCGCCUUCACUGUCUCGAAAGAUUUUUGUUGGUGAUGAAUUUUCAUGGCAUGUUCUUGUCGUCAAUCAGUCACGGAAUCAGGCAGCCGCGGCUAGGAAACUCACAAUGGUGGCUAUCCCUCGACGUAGACGCAACGAGUCACGCGUAACUAGACCACCCUCUGUUUCUCGGGCACUAGACGGCUUACAAAAGCAAACCGAAUUUAUCUGUGAUAAGAAUGUGGCAGAAGCUAUCUUGGAUGACAACAUAGUUCAUGCUAUUCAAAGCAGCAGUGUUGUUGAUAAUGCUGAAGUGGUAUGCCUUAGCCCAGAUGUCAGAAUCGGACCCCUCGCACCUGGAACAUGCCAUGCGGCUGAACUCAAGUUCCUCGCAUUAAAGGAAGGAAUCGUGGGUAUAGAUGCAGUUCGAAUUAUUGAUCUUGGUAAUAACGAACACGUGGAUAUACGGCAUCUUCCAUGUAUCACAGUGGAGAACGCGAUGGAAAUAUCAUGAGCAGCGAGUUCGCCGAUCUUCCAAUUCACCUUAACAUCAACAUCAAUAUUUAAGCCUAGUCGCAUUUCGUCAAAGUACAUCUUUGACAUUGCCACCCGCUCCAUUCGCGGUAAGACUAGAUGUAUUGUGAGCAGAGUGGAAUUUUAGGAGUCGAGGGGUAAACAUUCAGAUGUCCAGCUAGAUUCCCAACUAGAUUUGUUCGUUUGCACAUUUUGUUGAGAUCUGCAGAGUUGUUUUUCAUGCUCCUCAGCCACCUACUGUUGUGAUAGCCAAUAAUCAAGCUGGGCUAGAGCUUUCAUCAAAUUAAUAAUAUGAACUUAUGUACCUAUACGAGAAGAGCACGUUAAUUUGUUUCGAUUUCACACUGGCUUUUAUCACUCAUCAAUCAAAAGCUCACCAUGAGUCGUUAAUUUGACGCAGUCGCUUGAGCUUUCUCUUAUUGCAAAGCUAUGGGCUAUAAUGCGCGACCCACGAGCUGAACGCUAUACUGGGCGUUUUAGAUUCAACACUCUACGAAGUUGACUGGACGGUAGGUAUUCAGUAAUUCAUUUAAACUAACCCUAGGUCGUGCCAAUCCACCUAAAACCGACGCGACAUUUGGC